UCCCAACCAACCUUUCUACCCCCAGCAGAAGUCCAAAUCAAAGUUCAAGUGUUUGAGAAUGGCGACCUUUCCCCUUUGGCCUCAGCGGUGGUGGAGAUUUUCGGCAAUCAGAGCAGCUUGGCGUCUGGCGUCACCGACCAGGAUGGCAUAGCGGUGCUGGGCAUCAACUACAGACUAGGUACCUGGAUCCUCGUCACCGCCAGCAAGAGAGGCUACGUCACCAACUCUGUGCCCUGGAGAGUGGAUAGACUGCCACUGUAUGCCUCUGUAAGUUUGUACCUCCUUCCUGAAAGACCCGCCACACUAAUCCUCUAUGAGGAUAUUGUGCAGAUUCUACUGGGCUCUCCAGGUGUCCGCAGCCAACCCGUAGUUCAGUUUCAGAGGAAGUCUAUCCGUUUACCCCGAUCCUCCACCUAUACCCAGCUGUCAUCCUCUCUUACUACCACUAGCAAUCUCCACCAGAUGAAAGGAUUCCCCGCAUUCAUUGGGGCCGAUCCAGAUUCAAGCAACGGUAACGCCAGCUGGGUGGAGCUGCUUCCUGUGGCUGCUGUCAGCGUUCACCUCUUCACCGGGAACGGUUCCGAAGUCAAUCUGGUUGGUCCUGCUCAGCUGUCUCUCCCCCUUCCCUCUGACAGCGGGAUCACACCCGCCAGCAGCAUACCCGCUUGGAAGUUUGACCCCAAGAACGGUUUGUGGACCCGUUCCGGCAUGGGUGUGGUGCGAAGAGAUGGGCAGCAGUUAUACUGGUCAUUUUCAUCCCAGAAACUGGGAUACUGGGCAGCCGCCAUCCCCUCCAGCGGUCGAGGUAUGCUGUCACUUAUGAGUGGUGUGGACAUAGCUGGCUACCAUACUAUCUUCCUGCUCUCUAUUCUGGGUGCUCUUACACUGCUGGUCCUCAUCCUGCUCUGCCUCCUAAUCUAUUACUGCAGGAGACGAUGUCUGAAGCCAAGACAACAGCAUCACAAACUGCAGCUUUCGGGGCUCUCUGAGCCAAAGCGAGACCAGGCUACCUCGACCUCCCACCUUAACCUCAUCAGCACCAGCCACCUGGACUCUACAUCCACAGCUGACAGUGAUCUUCGAACUCCAGUUCUACGCUCUGCUUAUUCCUCCCGUGAAGACUUUUGUAAAUCUGGCGGGCGUUCCUCCAUCCAGCAUUCCACAGAUACUCUUCCUCUAAGGCCAGGACCUCGAGAAGAUUACCCACUAAAGUCAGCUCGCUCUGGUGACCUGCUGGAGUCAGAAGACCUGAAAAGGAACUAUGGAGGUGGAGGAAAGGGGCAACAAAGAAGGAGAGGGGGUAGAGGAGGAGUUAGAGAUCCACCUCCAUCACCUCCUCCACUUCCACCCCCCUUCAAACAUGUGAUCGGUGACUCUAAACCUCCAGAUUAUUUGAUGACCCAAUCAGCAGAUCCACUGUCACGCCCCACCUCUUUGACUCAACCUGGACAGCUGAUAUUUUGUGGAUCCAUUGACCACAUGAAGGAAGGAGGGUACAGACAUGCCAUGCCCACUUUGGUGAUUCCAGCUCAUUAUGUCAGGUUGUCAUCAGAAGACAAUCCAGCGGGGCUAAGUGAAGAUCAAUCUGAGAGUGAAUCUUUGUCAUCACAAGCUUCGCAUGCCCACCAUUUUGCCCCUCAAGAUCAUGUUCAACGUCAACAGCUGCUUCAGCAAGGUCACGGCUACCCACAAGGAUUAUCCACUGGCUCAGGACAAGAUCAGGAGGGAAAAGGCUGGGGCAACCACUCUUCUCAGAUGAGUGGAUCAGUCACCAUCCCUGUGGUUUUUAAUGAAUCCACCAUGGCUCAACUGAAUGGAGAACUCCAAGCACUCACCGAGAAGAAGCUUUUGGAACUUGGCGUGAAGCCCCACCCAAGAGCCUGGUUUGUGUCUUUAGAUGGACGUUCCAAUGCCCAAGUGCGUCACUCUUACAUAGACCUGCAGGCUGGUGACAAGACACGCAGUAAUGAUGCUAGUCUGGACUCAGGUGUGGAUGUUAAUGAGAUUAAAAUAAAACCUGGACCAGAGGAAGGGAGAGGUGGGAGGUCUCAACAUCAACCUUCUUCUUUGACCUACUCUAAGCUGGUCUUUGCUGAAGAAGGGGAACAGAGCCUAAGUGAGAGUCGGACUGGCGGGGGCUGCUCGCCCGAAGACAGCUCACUCACCCCACUUCUAGAUGAGGGUUCCGAGACAUGCCCAGUUAUGAACAGGAGAGGGCGCAGCCGGGGGGACAGUUCCCGCAGCAGCACUAGCGAACUUCGAAGGGAUUCAAUGACCAGCCCUGAUGAGGAUCUUAAUGACCAAUCUGAAGGUGGGGAUGACCAAGAUAAGAAGAGCCCCUGGCAAAAGAGAGAAGAGAGACCCCUGAUGGUGUUUAAUGUAAAAUAA